AUGUCACAACCUCAAGGAAACCUCGCAAACCUCCUCCCUCCUUCGUGGAAAACUUCGGUGACAGCUUGGCUCGCCGAAGACACGCCAUCCUUCGACUAUGCCGGCUUCGUUGUCGGCGAUGGUCCCCGUGUCGCUACCCUCUGGGGCAAAUCAAGCGGUGUCAUCGCCGGCCGACCCUUCUUCGACGAGGUCUUUGCGCAGUGCGGCUGCACGGUUGAAUGGCACGCUGAAGAGGGAACUGCUGUCGAUCUGAGCAAUGGCAAGCACCGAGUCGCAACCGUCAAGGGUCCUGUGCGCGGAAUACUUCUCGGAGAGAGAGUUGCGUUGAAUACCCUUGCGCGAUGCUCGGGCGUUGCGACUAAGAGUUCGCGACUCGUAUCGAUUGCACACGAUGCUGGAUACACAGGCGUGAUCGCAGGAACACGAAAGACGACACCGGGUUUCCGUCUUGUCGAGAAGUAUGGCAUGUUGGUUGGUGGCGCGGACGCUCACAGAAUGGAUCUCAGCGCCAUGAUCAUGCUCAAGGAUAACCACGUCUGGAGUCGGGGUAGUAUCACCGAUGCCGUCAAGGCUGCCAAAUCAGUUGGUGGAUUCAGCAUGAAGGUCGAGGUUGAAGUGCAGAGCGAGACUGAGGCGGACGAGGCGAUUGAAGCUGGUGCCGAUGUUGUCAUGUUGGAUAACUUCACUGGUGAUGGUGUUAAGGUUGCUUCGCGAAGUCUCAAGGAGCGUUGGCAAGGGAAGAGACACUUCCUGUUGGAGGUUUCUGGUGGCCUUCAGGAGGACAACUUUGAAGCGUACUUGUGCAAUGAUGUUGAUAUCCUGUCGACGAGUUCGAUUCACCAGGGCGUGCCGCACAUAGACUUUUCGCUCAAGAUCGAGCACUAA